AGUUCUCAAGUCGAACCUAACUGACGACUUCGCGCCACUUAUCGUUAAUCACCGAUUCAUCUAUGCUGAUGCAUGUGAUUGCAUGGAUGAUGGGUGGUCCAUAGGCUGAGACUCAGCCUUGUGCCAGUCAUGGGUUGAAGGACUCGGGUAUCUACAUGGGGUCGAGAAGUGCGCAGCCGCUCCAAUGGUGUCGCAGAACGGGGGGACAGGCUGCACAGCCUACUUGACGAGAUGAAUCUUCCACCACCAGUGACUUCCGGCAUUGCCGCACCAUUCAUAGCAUCAUUUCCAAUUGAGCUCCAGAACAUCCCAAAGCCACCAGAUACCAGUAUAUAUCCCACUCCUGAUGCUACUGCGAAGAGGAAGAAGGCCUGGAAGUAUGAGGGUUACCAAGAAUUCAGCAAAUGGAUGGCGUCCGACGAUGACUUCUUCGUAAUCAGAAGGUUCCAAAGUCUGAAUGCACAUGUUAUAUUGUACAUGCAGAAUCGCAUCGUAAAGAUCGAGGAGCGUCUUGAACAGAUACAUGCAAACAAUGAGAACACAGAAGGACAGAGGAAUAACGGCAGUUUCUCUUGGGACAUGAAGAACGAGCCUGAAAGAGACCGACUAAUGUGCGAGUUGACAACUGUGCUCCAUCAUUACAACCAAUAUGUUGAGACAUUCUCCAAGAUUCGAGACCGCCCAAGAGCGGAAGACCGACAAAUUCGAAACCUUGAAACCUUUCUCAAAAGAAAGGCCGUUGCUGAACCAGAGAGGAAAUUUGCUAAUCAUAAGGCGGAUUUGAUAUCGAUCAAUCCUCAUCCAUCAACACCCUUGGGCAAAUUGCUAGAACGAACUCGAUUGAUCCGUCUGAGUCGGAUGGUGGAAUCCAAAGCUGACCCAAGCUAUCAAUCAAACUCCGGCAACACACACUAUUCCAGUGACGCUGCAUUAGAUAAUCUCAGCACCGGAAGCAUCAUCAUUUUGGGAUUGUGCAUGCUGCUCGGGCCCAUGUGGUGGCUGGAAUUCGUGUCCAACAGUAUCAUCAGACUUACGAUCAUUACCGUUUUCCUCGCUUGCUUCAUGGGCUCCAUGGCAUUGGCGACAGUGAAUCGGCCUUUUGAGGUCGUUGCGUCCAGUGCAGCAUAUGCUGCAGUUUUGAUGGUGUUCAUGCAGAUUGAUGGUAACUCGAAGCAACCACAAUGAGGAAUUUGGAAGGAAUCUGUGGAAAUAUGUGGCUUCCUCGCAGUGGGGUCGAGGUCCAAGCUAUCCACAGAACGUUCGAUACCUCACAGGCAA